AUGAAGUACAACUACCAUGUACCACUGUCAACGUACACCCGGCAUUCUCAAUACACGCCGACCUACCAGACCUCCAGCUACUACUCUCCCUCACAGUACUCUGCGUCCUACUCGUCGUAUAGCGCGGCGGCCAAGUACACGCCGAGCGCGCACUACACGCCGACACGAUACACCUCCACCUACAGGUCCACGUACGUGCCUUCAUACAGCAAAGGCUCUCGGUACACCGCCAGACCCAAAGAGCCGGAGCAGAGUCCGGCGCCUGUGAUUCCGGUCGCCCCCGUGAGGAGGACCGUCCACUUCCCCAACGACAUCGUCUUCCAGGACAUUGUGAGGCGAGGAGACCUAGAGCAGAUCGGCCGGUUCAUGAGGGCGAGGAAGGUUCGCGUGGACACUUUAUUCCACUCAGGCAUGGCGGCGCUGCAUGAGGCUGUGCUGACCGGAAACCUGGAGGUGGUGAAGCUCCUGGUGAAGUAUGGCGCAGACGUCCACCAGAGGGACGAAGAUGGCUGGACGCCCCUCCACAUGGCCUGCAGCGACGGCUACCCCGAAAUCGCCAGCUACCUGUUGACGAUGGGAGCCAGCACGGAGGUGGAGAACGAGAGCGGGGAGAAACCUGUCGACCUCAUUGACCCCGACUGUCAAGAGCUGGCCAAGCUCUUUGAGGCUGGCUGUGUGUGAACCCCAGGACCCACUGGAACAAACCCGAGAAGGAAGUGAAUGGAGCAGGUUGGAAGGUGAAAAGCAGCUGUGUGUUGCAGGGAAGUUCUGGGUGUUGUUGAACGCCGCAGCACUUCCUUGAGCUGAUUCUCGGUAAAAAGUGACAAGUGUCAGCUUGUGACGUGGGACUGCAGCUUGGUGGCUUGUGUAGUGAGCGCCUGGCUCAUG